AUGUUUUUUAUGGGCUGUUUGGCGCAUCGUUUGUCUACCCAUAUUGUGAACUUGAGCUAUGCAGCCACAUGUCUCGUGCGGGUGAUUCGGAUGAUUCAUGGUUUCGACUCCCUCUACUUGAUGAUGACUGCCAUGAAGGGCAGUGUGGCGGUUUUGUUCUGGUCCUUCAUCUUGCUGCUCGUGGCGCAAAUUAUGAUCGCAUUCCUUUUGAAUCAGGUUCUCAGCGCCACUUAUUUACUGGAUAGUACCUUUCCGCAAGCUGAUCGCCACGAAGUCUUUGCCUACUUUGGCACAUGCUCGAGAGCUAUUCUGAGCAUGUUUGAGCUUACGUUGGGCAACUGGCCAGUGAUUGCGCGGAUUCUACAGGACAAGGUGAGCGAAUGGUACUUUGCCUUCUCGAUCGCCCAUAAAGUCACCAUUGGUUUCGCCGUCAUUGGUGUCAUCAAUGGCGUGUUUAUGCAGGAGACGUUCAAAGUUGCUGGCUCGGACGACAAGAUCAUGAUGCGCCAGAGAGACCGCGAGAAAAAGCUGCACACCAAGAAGAUGAAGAGAUUGUUUGAGCACGCGGAUGAAUCUGGUGAUGGAAUCCUCGACAUGGAGGAGUUUAUCCAAGUGCUGGAGAACCCCUCAGUUCGAACCUGGUUGGCCGCACAGGACUUGAGCAUCAAUUCGAACGAAGCAGCGGCGAACCUCUUCAGACUGUUGGACGAUGGCGACGCUGCGCUGACCGCUAUGGAGCUCGUGGAGGGUGUGGCGCGCUUAAAAGGACCUGCAAAGAGCAUGGAUCUGGCUGUCUUCAAGUUGGAUUUUAUGAAGUUCAAGGAGGACGUGUCAAAAUUGGCAGAGCUGGUGGAGUCGAUCGGUGGACAGGUGGUGGAAGGUGGAUUUACCAAAGCACAUGCUUCGAGCAAACGUCGGUCGAUACUGGCGGAAUAA